AUGACUCACUUACCAAAGAUAAACCAAGAGAAUACUUUAUUUGAUUGUAGAGGUAAGAUGUAACUAUAUAGAUAGAGCUUAAGUCUCAAUAAUCUGAAAAUGUUAUAUUUGAUAAAACGACGAAAAGUAUUAAUUAGCAUUCAUAUAGAGGUUUUGUUCUAAAAGUUGGACCUUCUAAUUUAUUCACUUACCAUAAUUCCGAUGAUGUAUAUAUUAAAGGAUCUAAAAUAUACAUUCAAAUUUAUUUGAUUGAAAAACUUAAAUUUAUACUUGAACUUUCCAAUAAAUAAGAAGUAAUUCUCUGAUACUUAUAGAUUAAAGUAUUUUAGAAUAGUAGUAAGUCCAAAUCUCCAGUAAGCAUAUAGUAAAAAGUUAGAAGAAGUAAAGAUAUCAAGUGCUUUUAUAUUAACCAAUAAAUGGAUUAGUCUCUCUUUUGAUAUUGAAAGUUUCUUUAAAGAUGUAGAACUUUAAUUCAAAAUGUUAAGUAUUCAUUCUCUUUGUAGAUUAAAGAAGAUCUAUGAAGGUAAUCAACUAAAUAAUAUUAAGUAUAUUAAUUUACUAAUUUAGUGAUGGACAUUGCUUAAUUUAGAAGAUUUGUGAGAAGAGAAUAUUAGAACUAUUGCCAAACAGUAUCAGAGCAUAAUCAGAAAAGACAGAUAUAAGAAAAAAUCAAUUAGGUUCUUAAUAAUAGAGACGUCUAUCAACAAUUUCUAAUUCUUAAGAAAAAAUAGUAUAAACAGAAUCAGAUAGUAAAAAAUAUUCGAUUAAAUAAAAAAACUUAAACUUUUAAGAAUUACCAAAAAAUGUACAUUUAGGAUUGAAAACAAAGUCAUAAACAUAACCUUUAAAUUAAAAUUUAAAAAAAUAACAAGUAUCAUUACAUUAGAAAUAAUUAUCCAAUUAAAAAAAUCAAAUUCAAACAAAAAGUUUAUCAUAACAAUAACCAUUAUAAUCUUUAUAAAUUCAUAAUUAAGGAUUAAAUUAAAAAGGAUAAUUAUCUUAGAUUUCAUCAAAUAGAUCAAAAAAAUUAACAUAAAUUGGUGGAAAUUUAACUAAAUAACUUUCUUAAGAAUGUUUACUUGAAAAAACAAUUAAAUUGGCAACUGGUUUAUAAGUCAUAGAAGAAGUAAAUAUAAAUAAACCUCCAGUUUAUGCAAAAUCUAGUUCAAAUAAAUUUACAGCUUAAACUUAGUUAUAAAAGAAAGCUGUUUAAAGUUUUCUUCGGCAUACUUAAGAAUUUUAAAAUGGUAGUCAUUUUUCACAUGAACCUUUUGAUGAUAGUAAGACUGAUAACGAAUUAGGUUAUAAAUAUUCAUAAGUAAGUUAAGGAGUUAAAGAUUUGUAUUAUGAAGGUGAUAAUUCUGAAUAUUAAACAAAAUAUGGAAAAUUUUCAAGUACAUUUACAAGACCUUUAGGAUUAUCAUCUUAUAAUCAUCGAUUAUCUUCAUAAUAAUCAUAGAAUUAAUAAUAAGGAAGCACAAAUGAACAAUUUUAUUUAAGUAGUCAAUAAGUAGAGUAAAAUUUUAGUCCAAAUCAAACAGCAAAUGAAAUAGAAGAGUAAAUUGAUGCUCCUGAAAUUAAAAGUAAGAUGACAGAUGAUAGUUUUAAUUCUAUUAAUGGAUUAUAAAUAAAGCAAGAAGAUAGUUCAGAAGAUUUGGCAGUUUCUAAAUUCGAAUGA